AUGGGAGCGGCUAAGGGCGAGCCCCAGGAUGAAGAAGUGCCGACUCCCACAAAAGAAGCGACAGUUGAAGCUACAGCGGAGGGCGAAAAACAAAGUCCAACUAAAGGUGGCAAGCUGGAUCUUAUAACAAAUGUGAAGUCACAGAUGACUGGGUGGCUUGGAUCAGGGAUUCCAAUUCCUGGACUUAGAAAAAAUGAGGCAGGAUCUUCUGAUGUACCUGAACCUGCUGCUGAGCCAGUAGAAGCUGUGGAACCCAAACCUGAAGCCAAAGAUGAUGAUGAUAACUCUAGUGCAACGGGUGGAGCGGAUAGUAGGCCCGCGUCGACCGGCGGCACACCCACCGAAGAUCAGCCUGCUGGAGUUGGUAACGGUCAACAGAAUAAAAAGUUGUUCACAGUAGAUGCCAUCGAAGUGCCAGACAUGCAAGAGUUGACCACAAAGGCAGUGGCCGGUGCCAAGUCGCUUGGCAACUUCCUCUACUCUGCGGUGAACAAAGCCGGCGCUAAAGUGAGCGAAGCCAGUGCCAAGAUAAAGAAGACCGUCGAAGAAAACAGCAUCCUCGGCGAAUUCAACCGCGAACAGGACGCGUUUAUCAAAGGCCAGGAUAAGGGCAACGGUGCUGCCGUCCCUCCAUGGGUGGGUGCGCCCAAUGAAGCCGCGCUCAAAGAGGAGUGCCUCUCGCUAUCCACUGACCGAAGGAAUUUCGUGCGAGCUCCCCCAGCCGGCGUAGAGUUCGACUUCGACUACAACAAGAUGUACCCGGUGGCCGUCGCCAUCAUGAACGAGGACCCCAAUCUAUCCACGAUGCGCUUCGAUCUCGUACCUAAAGUUAUCACGGAGGAGAACUUCUGGAGGAACUACUUCUACCGUGUUUCUCUAAUCUGCCAAGCUAAUGAGGCGGACGCGGCGGGCGGCCGUCAGUCCAGCGCUGAGGAUUCCCAAGAUGUUAGUUCGUCGAGCGAGGUUGUAGGUAAAGAGAAAGCAUCCCAAGAUUCAAUAGACGAUGCGAAGAAACGAAUUAAAUCAUUAAAAGUUGAUAGAGAUAAUGAUGAUGAACAAUGGGAGAAAGAACUAGAAGCGGAACUAAAUGAGUACGAGGUGGUCGCUGAAAAGAACAAUGAUGAUAAAUGGGAAAAGGAAUGCGAAGACCUUUUAGGUGAUGAUGUCGACCUCAAG